AUGUCUACAAACAGCAUCACAGCCACUAUCCGAUACGUAAAGCGCGGCGAGGACCGAAACCCGGGGGAGAAACCCUAUAUUCUCCACUAUGCCGCACCCGCCGGCUUUCCGCAGAACAACUUCACCAUCGAGCCCGUCCACGGGAUCCGGAUCCACAACCUGCGUAGCUCGGGACUGACGUAUGAUCAGAACGGCAUGGCCAUCGCGACGAUCGAUAACAGCGGCGGUAUGAAGCCCUCAGACUUUGACGACGAUGACUGGAUCGAGCGUGUCUAUCUCCCCGAGCUACACAAGAGCGUGUGCCGCGCCCUCGGCGCCCAGGAUGUUACCAUCUUCGACUGGAUGCUGCGAAAGCGCUCACCCUCAUUCCCCAAGCGAAACUCGGACGAGGAGAAUGUCGACGAUCACCAGCCCUCGCUAUCGGCACAUAUUGAUUACACCACGGGAGAGCUCGGCUCCAGAGUCGACCGAUACUUUGGUGACGAGAAGGACGCGAUGCUGAGCCGCAAGUACCAGGUUAUCAACGUUUGGAAGCCACUUGCGGGGCCAUGCCGAGACUUCCCCCUCGCAUUCCUCGACCCCAAGAGCGUCGACCCAGACAAGGACCUCUUCAAGGUUGAUGAGGUUUUCCCCACUGUCGCCAACGAAGUGUUCCAAGUCUACCAUAACCCGAACCACAAAUGGUACUACAUCCCCGACCAACUGGACUCAGAGAUCGCCAUUUUCAACGCCUUCGACUCGGAAAAGGGCCAGAGCCUGGCGGUGCCCCACUGCUCAUUUGAUCUGGGCGAGGCCGGAUCUGGUAUCCCGCGCCAGAGUAUCGAGGUUCGGGCCUUUGCGUUCUUUUGA